AUGUAUAGUGGUGUUCUUUCAUGUAUUGGUAUACAAGAAAACAACCCGUGGUCCAUACAAGCUGCAACAGCAUAUGAGUUACACAAAUGGUUAGAUAAACGCCAUACACAUUCACCAUUUGAUAUCGGGCUGGACCCAAAAUUAGUUAAAUUAAAUUCUAAUGAGUUAGAAUAUCGUCAAUUAAUAACUCAAUAUGCUGCAAAUGAUUGUGAUGCAAUGUAUCAAGUUCUUAUGGCUAUGGAUAUAAUUAAACAACAAUCACCAUAA